AUGCCGGACCAGUUAUUGGUAUCGGAGUUUGUGGACAUUACCAAUGAGGAUUAUAAAGCACCCACAACUUCGAUCUUCACCACACGAAUGACUCACUGUCGGAACACUGUGUCUGCUCUCGAGGAGGCUCUAGAUGCUGAUCGCAGUGUUCUCCACAAGAUUAAGAAAUCUGUGAAAGCUAUCAACUCAUCUGGGCUCACCCAUGUGGAGAAUGAAGAGCAGUACAUCCAAGCGCUGGAGAAAUUCGGGGACAGUUUCGUCUAUAAAGAUGAUCCUGAGGUUCGUGCCGCGUUCCUCAAGUUCUCUGCCUUCACCAAAGAGCUCACUGCUCUCUUCAAGAACCUGCUUCAGAAUAUGAACAACAUCAUCUCCUUCCCAUUGGACAGUCUACUAAAGGGAGAUCUCAAAGGGGUCAAAGGGGAUCUAAAAAAACCAUUCGACAAAGCCUGGAAGGAUUAUGAAACAAAGCUUGCAAAGAUAGAGAAAGAGAAGAGGGAGCAUGCAAAGCAACAUGGGUUAAUCCGGUCAGAGAUUAGUGGCGGAGAGAUAGCCGAAGAGAUGGAGAAAGAGAGAAGACUCUUCCAGCUGCACAUGUGUGAGUACCUACUCAAAGUGAAUGAAAUCAAAGUGAAGAAAGGUGUGGAUUUGCUUCAGAACCUCAUUAAAUAUUUUCAUGCCCAAUGCAAUUUCUUCCAGGACGGUCUGAAGGUGGUGGAGAACCUGAAGCCUGCCAUGGAGGAGCUCUCCACAGAUUUGGCAGAGAUCAAGCAGACGCAGGAUGGCGAGAGGAAGCAGUUGAUGCAGUUGAGAGAUGUCCUGAAAUGCUCUCUACAGUGUGAAUCUAAAGAUAACAUGGACGUGCAGGGUAAACAGAGCCAGGGCUACAGCCUUCACCAGCUCCAGGGGGACAAAACCCACGGCACGGAGCGCAGUGGAAUGCUGUACAAGAGGAGCGAGGGGCUCAGGAGGGUGUGGCAGAAAAGGAAAUGUUCAGUGAAGAACGGAUUUCUGACCAUCUCGCAUGGAACGACCAACAGACAACCAGCAAAACUCAACCUGUUAACCUGUCAGGUCAAACGCAACCCAGACGAGAAGAAAAGCUUCGAGCUCAUUUCCCACGACAGGACGUAUCACUUUCAAGCUGAGGAUGAGACGGAAUGUCAGAUAUGGAUCUCUGUGCUCCAGAACAGUAAGGACGAGGCGCUGAACAACGCGUUUAAAGGAGACCAGGAUGAGGGGGAGAACAACAUCGUGCAGGAGCUGACGAAGGCCAUCGUGGAGGAGGUGAAAAGGAUGAGCGGGAACAACGUGUGCUGCGACUGCGGAGCGCCCGAUCCAACUUGGCUUUCCACCAACCUGGGAGUGUUGAUAUGUAUAGAAUGUUCUGGAAUCCAUCGGGAGCUGGGCGUUCACUAUUCGAGAAUACAGUCUCUCACUCUGGAUGUUCUCGGCACGUCGGAGCUCUUGCUUGCUAAGAAUGUCGGGAAUGCCGCUUUCAAUGACAUCAUGGAGGCAAAGCUGUCAUCGCAGGACAUUUCCAAGCCCAGCCCCUCCAGUGACAUGCAGACGCGGAAGGACUUCAUCAUGGCCAAAUACACGGAGAAACGCUUCGCGGAGCGAAAGUGCGCGGACUCGGCGGCCAGGCUGCACACCCUGUGCGAGGCCGUUAAAAACCGUGACAUAUUCGCCCUCAUACAGGUCUAUGCCGAGGGAGUGGAUCUGAUGGAGCCCAUCUCGCUGGCCAAUGAGCACGAGCCAGGAGAAACCGCACUGCACUUGGCUGUGAGAAUGGUAGACCGAAACUCUCUACAUAUAGUGGACUUCCUGGUCCAGAACAGCUCGAACUUAGACAAACAGACAGCGAAAGGAAGCACAGCUGUGCACUACUGCUGUUUGACUGACAACAGUGAAUGUCUGAAACUCUUGCUCCGGGGCAAGGCCUCCGUUAACAUUGCGAACGAAGCAGGAGAGACUCCACUGGACCUUGCCAGGCGUCUGAGACACACACAGUGUGAAGAUCUGCUAAACCAAGCCCACACAGGGAAGUUCAACGUACACGUGCACGUGGAGUAUGAGUGGCGGCUACAUAACGAUGACUUGGAUGAAAGCGAAGACGAGAUGGAGGAAAAGCCCAUUCCCCAGAGGAGAGACGAUCGUCCGGUGAGCUGUCUCAUCCCCGGCACCUCCCCCAUGCCUCCCAACAUGGCGUCUUUGGCGCGUGACGUGGUCAAUGCUGUCAGAGACAGGGACAGACAGAGGAACUUUAUCAGCAGCGUGGUGUUUAAUGAGACGUACGGUACCACGCUGGACCUCCCCGGGGUUCCUGGGGUGCCCGUUCCACCUCUGCCGCCGCGUAACCCUGCCAAAGGUUCGGGAUGGAAACCAGGUCCAAUGGAGGUGAUGGGGAGACAGAGGUCCUCCUCAGACCCGCCCAAUCCCAAAACCCCUGAGCAGAACACCUCCGUGUACGUUCUGCCUCCCGCUCCACCACCCCCUCCUCCGCCGUCAGAAAAACGGACAGAGCCCAAAAGCAAGACGAGAACCAUGCCUCUACCUCCUGUGCCCCCGGGCCUAUCGCACGUCCAGCUUCUACCCACGGGCCCCUCACUGCCCUCCAUUCCAUUCGUGCCCCCUGCGCCCCCGUUCAAACCUGCCCCCCCUCCGCCGCCGCUGGCAGGCCAUCACGCCAACAAAGCACCGCCACCCAAAUCACCCUCCAAGUCUUCAUCGUUUGGUAAAGAAAAAGAGAGAAAAGUCCAGAAAAAAUCAUCCCAAGAAAAAAUCACCGUGCCUGACAAGCCUGGACCUACCGACACAACAGUGCCUGAUUCCCCGAAGACGCCUCCGGCGCCUAAACCACGUACAACCCACUCUAAACAGAGGCCUAAGCGGGUGAAAGCCAUCUAUAACUGUAAAGCAGAUAAUCCAGAUGAGCUUACCUUUAAAGAGGGAGAGGUGAUCAUAGUGGAGGGAGAGGAGGAUGAAGAGUGGUGGGUCGGCCACAUUGAGGGAGAACCUACAAGGAGAGGAGCAUUUCCUGUCACCUUUGUUCACUUCAUCACAGACUGA